AUGUGUAAAGGAUUGAUGCUGGAUCUCAAUCUCGACGUCGAGUCGGCUGAGUCUACUCAGAACGGACGAGAUUCAGCUGCUGUGAAGCGGGUUUCCGGUGCUGUUUUGAAUCAGAUGGAUGAAUCGGUGACGUCGAACUCUUCGGUAGUCAAUGCCGAGGCGUCCAGCUGCAUCGAUGGCGAGGAGGAGCUGUGCUCCACACGCGCCGUCAAGUUUCAAUUUGAGAUACUGAAGGGAGGAGGCGGGGAAGAAGAAGAAGAAGAAGAAGGAGAAGAAGAAAGAAGUGCGGUGAUGACUAAAGAUUUUUUCCCUGUUGGUAAAGGCGAUGGAGGCGGCAUGAGUUUUCUUGAUUCGAGCGCACAAAGUUCCAGGAGCUCCGUUGAUAUAUCUUUCCAGAGAGGGAAACAAGGCGGAGACUCUGCGCCGGUGAUGCAACCACCAGCACAGCCGGUGAAGAAAAGCAGGAGAGGACCUAGGUCAAAGAGUUCGCAGUAUAGAGGCGUCACUUUCUACAGGAGGACAGGCAGAUGGGAAUCACAUAUCUGGGAUUGCGGUAAACAAGUUUACUUAGGUGGAUUUGACACUGCCCAUGCUGCAGCUAGGGCGUAUGAUCGAGCUGCUGUAAAGUUCAGGGGUCUGGAGGCUGACAUCAAUUUCGUUAUCAGCGAUUAUGAAGAGGAUCUCAAGCAGAUGGCUAAUCUUUCCAAAGAGGAAGUUGUGCAAGUACUUCGGCGACAGAGCUCUGGUUUCUCGAGGAAUCAUUCAAGAUAUCAAGGGGGUGCUUUGCAAAAGUUUGGCGGGUUUGGGGCUCAAAUGGAGCAGUUUCAUGGAAACAUGGCUUGUGACAAGGCAGCCAUAAAAUGGAAUGGAAGGAAAGCUGCUUCCUUUAUUGAGCCUCAUGCAUCCCGGAUGAUUCCCGAGGCAGCUAAUGUUAAGCUCGACCUCAACUUGGGAAUCUCUCUUUCACUGGGAGAUGGUACAAAGCAAAAAGACAGGGGUCUCCGGCUUCACCAUGCCCCUAACAGUAUCGUAUGUGGAAGGAACUCCAAGAUGGAGAACCACAUGGCUGCAGCGACAUCUGAUGCGCCUUUCAAUUUCUUGAAGAGGGGCUCAGAGCAUCUUAUUAACCGGCAUGUCCUUCCUUCUGCGUUCUUUUCACCCAUGGAAAGAACACCAGAGAAGGGUUUUAUGCCACGUUCUCAUCAAAGCUUCACAGGCAGGACAUGGCAAGCGCAACAUCAGUCUAGUGGUGGAACCGCCACAACAGCUACAGCAUCGCCACUGUACUCAAAUGCAGCAUCAUCAGGAUUCUCACUCUCAGCUACACGCCCACCUUCUUCAUCCUCUGCUACUCUUCAUCCAUCUCAGCCUCAUCCCUUCCUCAAUCUGAAUAUGCCCGGUCUAUAUGUCAUCCACCCAUCUGAUUACGCAUCGCAACAACAACACCACCAUCUCAUGAACCGCCCACAACCACCACCGUAA